ACCGGCCGCGCGGCUCUCGCUGUGCUUCGCUUCACCGUUGGCUCGGACUCCAUGGCGGCCGCGGAGGCCGCACCCGCGGAGGCAGCGCUGGAUUCUAGCGGGCUUUCCCCUAAGGAAGAGGGAGAGCUGGAAGACGGCGAGAUCAGCGACGAUGACAACAACGGCUCUGGGCCGUGCGGCGGCGGCGGCUCCGACCCCGGCGGCGGCCUGGUGGGCAACAGGCCCUACUCGAGGCGCAGGCCGCCUCCUGGCCUCCGCGGCGGCAUCUCUCUCUCGUCCUCUCGGCGCUUCCCGCGGUCGCGGCACCAGCCCCCGCCCGAGAUGGGCCACCUGCACGGCCACGGCGGUUACCGGCCCAAGGACUCGUUCCGCUCCCAUCCGCCGCCUCUGCCCGCGCCGCGGAUGCCGUCGGGCCCGCACUCGGAGACUGGUCCCCGGCUCUCCUUCUGGGAGCGCAGUCACAACGCCCUGGACCGAUUCCGCUUCCGAGGCCGGCCCUACCGAGGCGGAUGGCGCUGGGGUAGGAGUCGGGGCGGCGGCGAGAGGGGCGGCAACCCGCCGGGAAGGCCGCCCGGAGGGGGAAGCUGCGCUGGCUUCAGUGGCAGCCAGGGCUGGAGAGAGCCCUCGCCUCGGAAAUCCAAAACUUUUGGAAGGUCUCCAUCUAGAAAACAGAACUAUUCUUCUAAAAGUGAAAACUCUGUGGAAGAAAGUUUUGAGGAUCUGCUCCUGAAGUAUAAGCAGAUACAGUUGGAGCUUGAGUACAUUAAUAAGGAUGAAAGAUUGGCUCUGAGCAACAGGGAAGAAAAUGAACAAGAUGAUAGUAAAACAGCGGACACUGAGGACCAAAUAACUGUAGAAAAUGACAGUAUUAAAACAGAUGCUAUAAAAGAAGUUUCUCCUGAGGAGAAAAAUCCGGUUAUGGCCUUUCAGGCAUUUGAACUGAAACCUCUCAGACAAAAACUGCCCACUCCAGCUGAGAGGAGCAGGUUGAAAAAAGUCAAAGAAGGAACAAAGCAGUCGUCGCAGAAAUCUGAAGUCACAGAAUCCACUCAAGGUGCAGAGGACAAAGAACAAACAUCAACGCGGAAGCCUAGCAGUUCAGAUGUAAUCUCUGAAAAGAAACUGCUUGAUGAGGAAGAGGAGAUGUCUGAAUUGCAGCUUAGGCUUCUUGCACUUCAGUCUGCUAGUAAAAAAUGGCAACAAAAAGAGCAACAGGUGAUGAAGGAAAGCAAGGAAAAGUUAACAAAAACGAAAACUGUAACACAGAAGGUCAAAGCCAGUGCAAAAGCACAUUCAACAAAAAAGACAAGUUCUACAGGCAAGCAAACUUUGAGGAAACAACAGACAAAGACAUCAAAGAAGAUACAGCAACAAAAGGAACAAGAUAGGCGUCAGAAAGAGGAAGACCAGAGGAAACAAGAAGAGGAGGAGGAGAGAAGAAAGAGAGAAGAAGAAAUCAGAAAAAUUAGGGACCUCUCAAAUCAAGAGGAGCAGUACAAUCGGUUUAUGAAGCUAGUUGGAGGAAAAAGGAGAUCAAGAAGCAGGUCUUCAGAUACAGACUUGAGAUGGUCUUUGGAUAAACAGCCUACGGAUAGUGCAGGAGGCAUAUAUCAGUAUGAUAAUUACGAUGAAGUUGCCAUGGAUACAGAUAGUGAAACUAACUCUCCAGCUUCCUCUCCAGCACAGCCUCCUUACUUUGAGUGUCCAGUAGGAUAUUAUCCACCUCCAACAAUACCACCAAUUUCCUUGCCACUGCCACCUCCAAUUCCACCUCUACCAUCUUUGAGCCAACUUUAUAUGGAGGGUAUUUCUUGUGUUUCUCUUGAGCCACCCCCACCCCUUCCACCUCUUCCACCUGAAGAGCCUGAACAGCCACCAAAACCUCCAUUUGCAGAUGAGGAAGAAGAAGAGGAGAUGCUCUUAAGAGAAGAAUUACUCAAGUCGCUAGCUAACAAACGGGCUUUCAGAUCUGAGGAAACUUCAAGUAACAGUGGUCCUCCUUCCCCUCCUGUUCCAGAUAAUUUGCAAUCUGUGCCAAGAAGCAAUCUGUCUGCUGUCAGUAUUAAUACUGUAUCUCAGCCACGAGUACAAAAUACAAAGUUUGUUAGAGUACCAAGGCCUCCACGAGCAGUGAUCACACUUCCAAAACACAAGUCUGUUGUGGUUACGUUAAAUGAUUCAGAUGAUAGUGAGUCUGAUGGAGAGCCAUCUAACUCAACCAACAGCGUAUUUGGAGGACUAGAAUCCAUGAUAAAAGAAGCAAGGAGAAAUGUUGAGGCUUCAAGAAUCAAAGCUCCUCCAAAAUCGGAAAAAGAAAACGAUCCAAUGAGAACUCCAGAGGCUCUACCAGAAGAUAAGAAGAUAGAAUACAGACUCCUAAAAGAAGAGAUUGCUAGUCGUGAAAAGCAACGUUUAAUUAAAUCUGAUCCACUGAAGAACAGUUCAUCCCCUGCAAAUUCUGAUGGUGAAGUUGAUGGAAUUGGGAGAAUAGCAGUAGCAACAAAACAAGUUACUGAAGCAGAAGCGAAGCUGAAGAGAAACAAGCUUCUGUUGAUGAAGGAUGAAUCUGUCUUGAAACAUUUGUUGCAACAAGAAGCCAAGAAAAGAGAGAAUGUUCGAAUUGCUGAAAAUAAAAUUAACAAACUGGCUGAGCAGCUACAGGCAACAGAGAAGAUCUUGAAUGCUAAUAAGAUGUUUCUCAAGAAGCUUCAGGAACAAAUUCAUAAAGUUCAGCAGCGAGUAACAGUCAAAAAAGCUCUGGCAUUAAAAUAUGGGGAGGAACUUGCUCGAGCAAAAGCAGUAGCAAGUAAGGAAAUUGGGAAACGAAAACUGGAACAAGAACAUCUUGGACCAAGUAAAAUGUUGAAAUUGGAGAGCUCCCCUGCAUCAAGUCCAAAAAAGCAUUCAGCAGAACUGAUUGCGUUAGAAAAAAGACGACUGCAGCAACUGGAGUAUGAGUAUGCUUUGAAGAUUCAGAAAUUGAAAGAAGCUCGUGCACUUCAAACCAAGGAACAAUCCGAUAUUGCACCUCAGGCAGAUGAGGAAGCUGAAUUUGCAUUACCUCAGCCAUCACUUCAUGAUCUUACCCAGGAUAAAUUGUCUUUGGACAGUGAAGAAAACUACUUUGAUGAUGAGGUGCUGUCUAAUUCAAACCGGGAACGAAGGAGAUCUUUCAGAGAAUCUAGUUCUUAUACUAAGCCAAAUCUUAAACACAUGGACACUCCAAAACAAGAACCUAUAAACAAACUUUCAAAAAAGGCAGCAGAGGAGCCUGAGCUUUUCCUUGGGUUGAAUGUUGAUGAACUGAAAAAACUUUAUGCUAAAGCUGACAGUUUAAAAGAACUGUUAGUGAAAAGUACUGCCUUUGUAGCACCUAAGGAAGAUCUCUUAUGUGGUCAGGAAAUUUCAGUGGAUAUGGAUUUUGUUACAUCACAGAAUAAACAAACUGAAGCAAAACCAUUUCCAUUUGGACCAUAUCGUAGUCCUCUUCUAGUAUUUAAAUCCUACAGGUUUAGUCCGUAUUUUCGAACCAAGGAAAAAUUGUACCUCAGUUCAGUAACGUAUAGCAAUAUGAUCGAGCCAAAGCAGUGUUUCUGCCGCUUCGAUUUAACAGGCACAUGCAAUGAUGAUGACUGUCAGUGGCAGCACAUGAAAGAUUGCACUCUUAGCCGAAAGCAGCUGUUUCAGGAUAUUCUGUCUUACAAUUUAGAACUGAUUGGCUGUUCAGAAAAAAGCACUGAUGAAGAAAUCAGCACCGCCACAGAAAAAUAUGUGGAAAAACUUUUUGGUAUAAACAGAGACCGUAUGUCAGUAGAUCAAAUGGCUGUUCUUCUGGCCAGCAAUGUCAAUGAGAGUAAAGGUCAUACACCUCCGUUUACAACAUGGAAAGAUAAAAGGAAAUGGAGACCAAAGUACUGGAGAAAACCUCUGCUAGAUAGCAGCAGUAGUGAGGAGGAACAGUCUGUUGGACCUAUUAAAUAUGCCCACCCUACAGAACAUAAGAAAAGAAUUCCAGCUCUUGAUACUGUUGUGACUCCAGAUGAUAUCCGAUAUUUUACAAGUGAGACUGAUGACAUUUCCAACUUGGAGGCAAGCGUCCAAGAAAACCCCUGCAAUGUACAGCUUUGGAUUAAACUUGCAUAUAAAUACUUGAACCAAAAUGAAGGCUCAUCAUCAGAGUGUUUGGAUUCUACUCUAAAUGUUUUGGCUCGAGCUCUUGAGAACAACAAAGAAAAUCCUGAGAUUUGGUGUCAUUACCUCAGACUCUUCUCAAAAAGAGGAACAAAAGAGGAGAUACAGGAAAUGUGUGAAACAGCAGUGGAGUAUGCCCCAUCCUAUCAGAUAUGGUGGACAUUCUUGAAUUUGGAGAGUUCUUUUGAUGGAAAAGACUAUGUAUGUGGGAGGAUGCUGCAGUUCCUAAUGGAAGUGACUGAGGGAGAGGAAAAUCCCAAUCUCUUAUCGUUCCAGCUUCUGGAGACUCUGCUGUACAGAGUUCACUUAAGCUUGUUUACAGGAAGAUACCAGAAUGCUCUUCUUCUGCUGCAGAGUGCUAUAAAAUCAGCAAAUGAAAAGAUAAUAUCAGAACGCCUUACUUCAAGUGACCGUUGCUUGGCUUGGCUGUCUUACAUACAUUUAAUUGAAUUCAACAUUCUCCCAGUCAAGUUCUAUGAUCCAGCUAACGUCGGUCCCUCAAGGAUAAUGAACAAAGAGCCAUUUCUAAUACCGUGGCAAACAGUUCAAGAUGUGAAGACUGAUCCUGAUACACUGUUAGCUAUGUUUGAAGAUGCAGUCAAAACGUGUACUGAUGAAAGCCUUGAGGCUGACAAAAGAAUAGCUGUAUGCUUUCCUCUCUAUAGGAACAUGAUAGCUUUAUUGAAGCUCCUUGAGAGGUGGGAGUCUGCAGCAGAACUUUGUAGAUCUUUAUUGGAGCUCUGCCCUGACAACUGUCUGCUCUUGGAGAGUUUGGCCACCUUAUAUUUGCAGAUGGAGCAGAGUGAAAGUGCCUAUGGAGUGUGGAUUGGAGCAUUUCAGAAGAGUCCUCAGAAUGCAGAAAUUUUUUAUCAGUUGUGUAAAUUUCUUAUAUCACAGGGAAGGUCAGGCAGUGUUCUUCCACUGUUGCAAGAUUUUGUGGCAGCUUUCUUUGAGAAUACCUACCAACAGCAUGAUUCCAUGGAUCUCUUAAGAUAUCUCUUGAAUUUUCCAAUGCCGAUUGAAUUUACAGCACCUCUCUAUAAAGAGCAUCUUACAGAUGACAUUGUAAACCAGCAAAUCCCAUAUCUUUGGCAGAUCUACUGUUUGUGCCAGUCUCUUCAUGCGAGUGUUAGUGAAGCACUGGAUGCUUAUGAAGCAGCUCUUGGUGCAGUGAUGCAGCAGGAAAUUGUUCAGAACAUCUGGCUGGAUUAUCUUGUUUUUAUGAAUAACAAGGUUGUUGGAUCCAGCAACAAAGUUCAAGAAUUCAAGGUUUUUACUGACUUAGUGAACAGAUGUCUGGUUACGGUCCCCACACGAUACCCAAUUCCUUUUAGUGCUGCUGAUUAUUGGACCAAUUACGAGUUUCAUAACAAGGUAGUUUCCUUCUACUUGAGCUGUAUUCCGAAAUCUCAACAUUCCAAAGCUUUGGAAAGGUUUUGUUCUACCAUGCCUGCUAAUCCUGGACUUGCACUGAGACUACUUCUGCGGUACUGGGAGGAGAGCAAUGUUCAAAUUCUGAAACUGCAAGCCAAGAUGUUUACAUAUAAUAUCCCAACAUGCCUGGCCAUCUGGAAAAUAGCCAUUGCUGCCGAGUGUUUUCUAAUGGGACAAAGAGAAGUCCAUCAUUUAUAUCAGAGAGCUCUUCAUAAGUUACCUCUAUGUGCAACACUAUGGAAAGAUCAACUCUUGUUUGAAGCGUCAGGAGGAGGUAAAACUGAUAACCUGAGAAAACUAGUAUCCAAGUGCCAAGAGGUUGGAGUCAGCCUAGAUGAGCUUUUAAGUUUAAACACUUGCAGAACAGAAUGCAAGAAUCUCUGAACGCUGGGUACAGUCAGCCAUAAGUUCUGUUAAAUGCCAAAAUCAGUUGAAUGAUUCUUCAGGCUGAUCUAUGCCUAAGAUCUGCAUAAGGCAGAUGAGUAUUGCUGAGCAUAUCAAGCCUCCGGUCUGCUUUCCGUGAAGCUGGAAACAAUUAACAUGACCCUCCUCUCUGGAAAAAUGAACUCCUGUCUGGCCUCGCUUCUGGGCCCUGCCAGAUUGUCAUAGCAUCAUGUACGUAAGUAUAGUUAAUCCAAAUGACAGACAUUAUUUUUUUCAUGUUUUUCUUUUGUUUUCUGUUUUCUUUGUUUUGCUGUUCCUGAUUCACUUGACACUCUCACUGAUGCCUGAGAGAUCUGUGUUUGGGAUUAAUUUACUGGGCUGUGUUUACAGUAAAAAGCAAGUAGUCCACUUUGGGUUUUUCCUUUUUUUAAACCUUUUUUGAGACUUUUUCAUUACAGGAUUUAAAACAAAAGCAGCCGCUCUUAAGGAAAGUGUAACUGCCGUGGCCACAAGUAUGCUUGUUGCACUUGAAGGCUCUAAGAGGGCUGCUUACUGCCCUUUUCUGCAUUGGACUCAUGGCAGAGACUAUUAAACUUGAAGAUUAAAGAAACUAUUGCAAAUGCCAGUGCAUCAGAACCUAAGAGUGGUCAAUUAUGUGCAAUUUUUGUAAAGAAAUUUUAAUUUAUAAUAAAGUUUAACAGUUUAAAGAAA